AAGAAGUCGCAAAGUAGAACAGGACCAGUGAGAAUGUUUAAUUUGUGUAAUUGCAAUCAUCGCCGCGUUUCUUCUUUGUUCGACGCACAUUGAUAACUUAUGACGUUUGUUUCACUCGUCAUCUCAACAUGUAGUCUGCUCUCGGUGGACUCUAUAAGCUUCUCUCAAGCUGGUUUAGCUUGUUAGCUGCUAACGGAGAGACGCGGAAGUUAGCAACACAUGCUAAGUGUUGUUAUUGUCUCAGAAUGUGCACAAAUGCUGAGAUGGUUGGUGAAUGGGCGACUUUCUGCCGCUUUUGUGAGAAAUAUUUGCAGUCUUAGUGGAGUACGUGGAGGAACUUUCUCGGGAAAAAAGAGGAGAACGACGACAACGUCAACAACUGGACGCUUUUUUUCCCAGGCUUCAAAUGGAGUUACACAAAGCAGAUGUCAUUGAAGAAGAUCCCCCUGAGAAGCAGCAGUGGAGCCCCAGGGUGGAGAAACAGGAGCAACACAUUAAGGAGGAAGAAGAAGAGCGCAGCAUCAAUCAAGAGGAGGAGCAACUUGAAGUACUUAACGUGAUCGUGAAAAGCGACGAAGACGAAGCUCGGUGGUCACAGCUUGAAGACGGUCAAAGUGAGGUGAAGAGAAGGUCAGACGCUGAUUACCUCUUAGUGCCGCUAUCAGAUAGCGACACUCCUGACACUGACGAUGAGGACUCUGAAACUGACAUGACGCGUCACACUGACAGUCACUUUGAAUGCUGUCAGUGCGACAAAACUUUUGACAAGGUGACACGUUUGAAGUCACACAUGAAAUGUCACAAAGAAGACAAAAUCUUCAUCUGCCCGUUUUGUGGUAAGAGCUUCAGUGUGCAGGAACACUUGCUCACUCACAUGAUGAUCCACACCGGAGAGAAACCUUUCAUUUGUUCAAUCUGCGGUGGAUGUUUUGCCCUGAAAAAUACUUUGAUCAUACACAUGCGAACGCACAGCGGCGAGAAACCUUUCACUUGCUCGGUUUGCGGCGAGAAGUUCUCCCAGAAAGUCAAUUUGACAACACACAUGAGAACGCACACGGGAGAGAAGCCUUUUCCCUGUUCGGUGUGCGGGGAGAAUUUCUCCCAAAAAGGUAACCUGAUGAAACAUAUGAGAACGCACACUGGCGAGAAACCAUUCCCCUGCUCAGUUUGUGGCGAGAAAUUCUCCCAGAAAGGGAAUUUGAUCAUCCACAUGAGAACGCACACCGGCGAGAAACCGUUUCCUUGCUCGGUGUGCGGCAAAACGUUCUCUCUGAAAGGCAGUUUGAUGAAACACACCCGGACGCACACGGGGGAGAAACCCUUUUCUUGUUCCGUGUGCAGCGAGAAGUUUGCUCAAAAAGGAAAUCUGAACAUACAUAGAAGGAAACACACCGGUGAGAAACCGUUCGGCUGCGGUGUGUGCGACGAAAAGUUCCCUCAGAAGGUGCAGCUGAACAAACACAAGUGUGCUGGUGAGAAGAGCAGCAGGACGUGAAAUUACUUUGUAACGGCGCCACGCACUUACAGUAUUUCCAGUAUUGAUGUGACGACAACCUGGCUGGAUUUGUUUUUUUACUCUUAUUGUUAAACAUGUGUAGCCAACAAAUAAUAACCACUUACAUGUGUCUUCCUGCUUGUGUACGGGUUAAUAAAUCCCAAUUCAUAUUUAA